AUGAAAAAGUUCCGUGAUCGCCUCUUCGUCUCUGACCGCACGUACAAACCCAAAAAGAAACACAAGGAGGGAACCGAACGGUAUAAUUUACACAAAUUCGCCAAAUCCCUCGUUCGCUCCGGUGAUCUCAGUAAAGCCGUUCGCCUCCCACAAGGCGCCGAUCUCAAUCACUGGCUCUCUGUCCACACCGUAGACUUUUACAAUAUCACAAAUGUUCUCUACGGCUCUUUAACGGAGUUCUGCACAACGACGAGUUGUCCUAUUAUGUCCUCCGGUCCGCGAUAUGAAUAUCUCUGGAAGGAUCCACCGGAGUAUCCAAAAGCAACGAAAGUGAGUGCGCCGGAGUAUGUGCGAUUGUUAAUGGAAUGGAUUGAGAAACAAAUUAAUGAUGAACGGAUUUUCCCCUCAGAGGAUCGUAAUCCCUAUCCAGCAGAUUUUGUAGAUCGUGUGAAGAUGUGUUUUAAACGACUUUUUCGAGUUUACGCACAUGUGUAUUAUUCACACUUUGCGAAGAUACGGGAAUUGCAGGAGGAGUCGCAUCUCAACACGGCGUUAAAACAUUUUAUGUAUUUUGUGUGGGAGUUUGAUCUCAUCCCGCGGGAGGAAAUGGCACCACUGCAGGAACUGUUGAUUAACUUGAUGGGGCAGCGGGCAAGAGAUAUACUGGAACCUCAGUAG